AUGCGACUGCGAUCGAACAAUGUUAGUUCAGGCGGCCAGAACAACACGUCUACUCCACUUCAGCCGCAAACGUCGGUGGCAGUCCCAUCGACAUACCACAGCGCCUACCGCGGGAUCGUACCAGGACCUGAUGGGCAGUUCGACCAUUUCCUUCGUACACCCGACCAAACCCAUUUUUACGCUGGGUAUUGGAGGUUUGGCUCUUACGAAGACGAUCGACGCGCACAUGCCCGCGGAUUCAUGACACCAGAGGCCGUUUUGGUUGAACAGGACCGCGGCGACGAGUCAUAUAACGGGAUCUCUUUGCGUUGGGUAUGGGGAGCAAACAACCCAAUGAUCAUGCCAUUGACGGGUUCAGCGGCCCAGCAUCUGCAGACCAUCUACGAGAUACGGCAGCUGCUAGGCAUGUCAACGUCGUUGCGCGGCCAGGUACCACUGUAUCCGGUUAGCCAGGAUGUACGAGUGAGGCAAUACUGGGAGCGGAAAGCCCAACAUCAGUCGACUUCAUGCCGUCCUCAGCCACAUCCCGAAGCGAUUUCCAAUGAUCUCCCGCUGACCGUUCGUGGAAAUGAUACAAUAUUGGCUCGAUCUCCCUCAACCGUGUCUGCGUCCACAGUAUACAAUCUGGACAACAUGAAAACAGCUGAUCGCACUUUGGAUGCGGCAGCGUCAAGACCAGGUGAACGUAAGCAUCCGACAUAUACUAGCGAUGUUGAUAGUGCUCAGGCGAGCUCAAGAUCAGUCAAAGAUAGAGCAAACACAGGUCGAUCAAACGCAGAGCAACUACCUCAUCAGGCAUCCGAAACGUAUCCUGGCUUACCUUGCAUGGACUGCGGAAAAGACGAGGGCCACAAGUGGGAUUGUCACAUUGGCAAUCUCGAGCCAAUGAAGAAUAUCACCAUCCUUGAUUACCGCAACCUUUCCGAUGCCGUGCAACGAUUUGAUCCUGGACCUUGGACUACGCACUUCAAUCCAGCCCCAGCUCCAGAGCCCGAGGACCCUGAAACACAGAUGAAAGGCAUGGCAGAGUUCAUCAGGAAUGAAGACAGCUACAAGAACGAUCCCGACCUUCAUGCGUUGCCUGACGACAUAAUGAUACUCCUGUGGGCUUUCAAGACUUCACCUGGGGUUGAUUUGAUCAAAGAAUAGGCCCGGGAAAGAUACGGUGGACGUACAUGUGAGCCAGAAGAGGCUUAGCUUGGAA